UAACAAUGUUGUUCACUAGCUUCAAAAUUGUUUCAUUGAUGGUUUGUGUAUUUGCCAUAGUGCAAACAUCAAUAUGUGGUGAUCCAGAUAUCCUUGGUGACUUCAUAGCCCCGGCCGGUGUCCCUAUUAACGGGAGCUUCUUCACCUUCACCGGCAUGCGCGAAUGGGUUGGACAAACCGGUUCGCCCUCAUAUUUUCAGUAUUUGAGGGCAAGCAAGGAUGAAUUCCCAGCCUUGGAUGGGCUGAGUGUGUCCACCAUUCUCCUUGGAUUCCGUCCGGGGGACGUUAGCCCCCCGCACGUGCACCCUCGCGCGUCGGAGCUGCUCCUUGUUGUUCAAGGGAAUCUUCUAGUUGGAUUUGUAGACACAAAUAACAAACUUUACACUAGUAGACUUCAAACUGGGGACAUGUUUGUGUUCCCAAAAGGACUUAUCCACUUUCAACUAAAUGAAGAUACCGAAAACCCUGCUUUCUCUAUUUCUUCUUUGGGUAGUGCUAGUCCUGGCCUUAUAUUAGUUCCCAAUAACUUAUUUAACACCUCUGCUACCAUUGAUGACAGAGUUAUGGCUUUGUCCUUUAAGACUAAUGUUUCCACCAUCCAUUUAUUGGAGAAAGCUCUAUCAACCCCUUACAACUAAAUGAUGGAUGGAAUUUUGUAGCCUCCUCUGCCUCUUGUUACUUGUGCUUCAAGUUACCUUUCACUUCUAAUGUUUUUUUUUUUCUUUUCUUUAAUUCUCCUUGUGUUAUAGUUCAAUAAGAAGAGUGUUGUUCUUUAAA